UCUUUUCUACUGAAGGACCAUUGCUUCUUGUUCGCUUCAAAACACAGUGCAUCUUUGAAACGGUUUAUCUGGACACUCUUACUGAGUGACUGUGUUUCAGGCUUCGGGCUUGUUUGUUGUCUGGGGUAACGCUGUUGCUGGGGACGAUGUCUGAACACAUUCAGCUCUCAAUAGCGUUGUGUAGGAUUGGCCUUUACACGUGUCUCCAGAAGAUGUGCUGUAAGGAACCUUCUCCACCCAGACCGGAAUAUGAUGUAGUGUGCAUCGGACUGAGUGGUGCAGGCAAGACCAGUCUGCUAUCUCGCUUAUGUAAUGAGAUCAGUGAUGGCGCUGUACCAACCGCAGGUUUCAGCAUCAAGGCAGUGGGAUUCGAAAACGCUAUACUGAACGUGAAGGAGCUUGGAGGAGCAGACACCAUCAAGAAGUACUGGAGUCGAUAUUACCAAGGUUCCCACGGUGUGAUUUUUGUCCUCAACAGCGCUGCGUCCGAUGACGAGAUGGAGGCAUCGCGAUCUGAGCUCCACCUGGCCUUGCAGCAUCCACAGCUGUGCACCCUCCCAUUUCUCAUCCUUGCCAACCACCAGGAUUCACCAGCUGCCCGUUCUGUACCGGAGAUACAGAAGUACUUCGAAUUGCAACCCCUGGCACGUGGGAGGAGAUGGAUUCUUACCGGCAGCACAACAAACAACAUGGAGGCAGUGAAGGAGAGUUUCAGUCAACUCAUCUGCCUUUUGGAAGAGGAGGUGCAACCUAGCAGGAUAUGAUUCAAUCAAACUUCAAAGUGGAAAGUGGGUUUGAAGUGUUGUUUGCUAGAAGGAUUUUUUGGACCUUUCGCACGUAGAUGUUUUAUAACCCACUGGAGACAUAGAUGCAUGUUUUGAUGGUUUGGCAGACAUAUUUGUUAACCUUAGGUUAAGGUCCACACAUAUUCUGCUUUGGUAGGAGGUAAACCAAUGUCCUUUAAUGAUGUCAUUUUUUUACCAUUAUUUGUAUAGUAAUAAGCUAUUUGAGAAGCUAUAAUGUUGUUUUUAUGAAUAUACGUUGUUUUUAUAUGAAUUUGUUUAUAUCUUAUGAGCUUAUAUGAAUUUGUAACAAUGAAUUUUCAUGACAAAUUCACAGUUCUGUAAGGAUUCAGUAUGGAAAAUAAUAUACAUAUGAAUGUAACAGAAUUUCCACAGUCAUUUUUAAACUGCACUUUCCAAGAUAUGGAAAAUCAUGAAAUUGAAUAACAUCUAAGAAAAAAAAAUUACAGGUGAAUAUAGUCAAUCACAAGGUAUAAAUUGUUUUCCAUUAUGACAUUUAUUGGUCU